AGGGUUGGGUCACGUGGUUAUGCCUUGAGGAAAUACGCAUGCGCCCUGACCCUUGGGCAGAAGGCCGUCUGGAGUAAGGUUGUGGCCGCAGCAAAACGCUGUAUCAACAGACGUGAGCUAUUAUGUGACGUUUCCUUAUCUGACGUGGGUUCAGAAAGUCAUUCUUUUGUUGAUACAGCUUCUCUCCUUCUUGAACUUUCUUCCUUGGAAGGAUGCAGAAGGAAGCAGAGCUCUGGCCUUUCUGACUCCUUUUCUUAGUCUCAGUUUGCAGCUAUUUUUACCAAAGGAUUCUUCAGCUUGAAGAAAUUUUAGUGUGAAUUUAACAUUAAAAUUUACUGGCCUCUCCAAUCAAGAUUUAUAAUCCUUUAAAUAAAAAGUAUCUGAUAACUACACUUAUAAAUUUAAGUCAAGAAAAUUGUCAGGAUGUCAAACAAGCAGGUGAAGACAGCAUUGAAAAGUGCCAGAGAUGCAAUAAGAAACAAAGAAUAUAAGGAAGCUUUAAAACAUUGUAAGACCGUAUUGAAACAAGAGAAAAAUAACUACAAUGCCUGGGUUUUUAUUGGAGUGGCAGCAGCUGAACUGGAACAGCCUGAUCAAGCACAAGGGGCCUACAAGAAAGCAGCUGAACUAGAACCAGAUCAGUUAUUGGCCUGGCAGGGGUUAGCAAGUUUAUAUGAGAAAUCUAACUAUACAGAUGUCAAAGAUGACUUGAUCACUGUCUACCAAAAGCUUUUGGAUCUCUAUGAAAGUGCUGACAAGCAGAAGUGGUGUGAUGUCUGUAAGAAGCUUGUGGAUCUCUAUCACCAAGAAAAGAAAUACCUGGAGGUGGCUCAAACAUGGCAGAGACUGAUCAAAAUAAGGAAGGAAGAUGGUGCAGAAAAUCAAGAGAUUUACCAGUUGUGGAUAAAGUUAACUCAGUUACUGGCUGAGAGUACUGAAGAAGAAAAUGACGAAAUUCGGCAGUUGCUUUUCAUUGCAUUUGAAAAUGCUUUGAGCUCUUCAGAUAAUGUUCCUAGUGAAGCCCAUGAAACACUUUAUAGACACUUCAUUCAGUGUUUAUCUAAAUUUCCUUAUGAGACUGCUAGGAUGAAGAAGGCUUGUGAAGGUAUGAUGAACAUCUAUCCUACUGUAUCUUAUCCACUGGAAAUGCUUUGCUUACAUUUAAUUCAGUCAGGAAGUUUCACUGAUGAAGCCCUGCAGUACUGUUACCAACUGGUGGAGAAGGACUCAGAAAGUGGUCCUGGUCUCAUUGGCUUAGGCAUAAAAGCCCUCAAAGACAAAAAAUAUGAAGAUGCUGCCAAAAACUUAACAGAAGGAUUAAAACUAAGCAGUGUCUGUGUAGUAGGAUGGUAUCAUCUGGCAGAGGCUCAAAUGAAAAUGCAUCGUUAUAAAGAAGCCAUUAUUUACUGCAAUCAAGCUCUGACAACAAUAGAAAACCUCAGUUCACCUAGCAGAAGUGUUCAUCAAAAGAAUCUCUGCUUUCGUUUGAAAGCAGAGGCCUUAAUACAGCUUUCAGAUCAUGACUCUUCAGAAGAAGCAAUUGCCAUUCUAGAACAGAUCUCAGAUGCAAAUACUAUUCCAGAGCUUUUAGUUCUCAAAGGUCUUGCUUAUCUAAACAAAGGCUUAUCUGAUAAAACUUCAAAAAUUGUGGAAGAACUUCUUUCCUUUCAUCCUGACCUAGCUGCAGUCCAUGCCCUGGAGGCACUGAUUCAUUUUACCAGAAAGGACUACCCAAAGGCAGAGAAAGGAUUUCAGAGAGCUCUUGACAGAGAAGCUGAGGUUGCUGAUUAUUAUUACUAUCUUGGAUUAACAUACUGGUUCAUGAGUGAAGAUACAAGAAAAGACAAAACAAAAGCUCUUACCCAGUUUUUGAAGGCUGCAAAAUUGGACACCUAUAUGGGUAAGGUUUUCCGCUAUUUAGGACAUUACUACAGAGAGGUAGUUGGAGACAAGAGCAGAGCCCGGGGGUGUUAUAGAAAAGCUUUCGAACUAGAUGAGACAGAUGAAGAAUCUGGAGCUGCUGCAGUUGAUCUAAGUGUGGAGCUUGAAGAUAUGGAAAGUGCAUUGGUUAUUUUAACAAUUGUAACUGAAAAGGCGAGUGCUGGAACAGCAAAAUGGGCCUGGCUUAGAAGAGGGCUCUACUACUUGAAGGCUGGUCAGCAUUCUCAAGCAGUGGCUGAUUUACAGGCAGCAUUAAGAGCAGACCCAAAAGAUUUUAACUGCUGGGAGUCAUUGGGAGAGGCCUACUUGAGUAGAGGUGGCUAUACCACAGCUCUGAAAUCCUUCACAAAAGCCAGUGAACUGAACCCAGAAUCUAUAUAUAGCGUGUUUAAGGUUGCAGCAAUACAGCAAGUCCUAGGCAAAUAUAAAGAGGCUGUAGCUCAGUAUGAGCAGAUCAUUAAAAAAAAAGAAGAUUAUGUACCUGCCUUGAAAGGUCUAGGUGAGUGUCACCUUAUGAUGGCAAAGGGAAAGCUGACCGAUUUUCUUGAUGGUAAAGCUGUGGACCACAUAGAACAAGCCUUGGAUUACUUUACUUGGGCUCUUCAGUAUCGCUCUGAUGUUUCUUGUAUUUGGAAGCUCCUAGGAGAUGCAUGUACCAGUUUACAUGUGGUUUCACCAUCUAAAGUAAAUGUGAAUGUUUUAGGAGUCCUUCUGGGUCAGAAAGAAGGAAAAGAAAUAUUGAAGAAACAUGAGCUUCUCCAUCUAGGCGGAAGGUGUUAUGGCCGAGCACUAAAACUGUUGCCUACAGCUAAUACGUGGUGUGAUCUUGGAAUUAAUUAUUAUCGUCAAGCACAGAAUCUAACAGAAACAGGAAGCUGUGUAAAUGAACUUAAAGAAUUAUUGGAGAAAUCUUUACAUUGUCUGAAAAAAGCAGUGAGACUGGAUAGUAAUAACCAUUUGUAUUGGAAUGCCCUUGGUGUGGUUGCUUGUCACAGUGGCAUUGGAAACUAUGCUCUUGCCCAACACUGUUUCAUCAAAUCAAUCCAAGCUGAACAAAUUAAUGCUACUGCAUGGACAAACUUGGGAGUUUUAUAUCUAGCAAAUGAAAAUAUUGAGCCAGCUCAUGAAGCCUUCAAAGUUGCUCAGUCCCUUGAUCCGUCUUACUUAAUGUGUUGGAUUGGGCAGGCACUUAUUGCAGAGACAGUUGGAAGUUAUGACACAAUGGAUCUCUUUCGGCAUACUACUGAACUCAAUAUGCACACAGAGGGAGCAAUAGGUUAUGCAUAUUGGGUAUGUACAACACUACAAGAUAGGACAAACAGAGAAACGGAGCUGUACCGCUAUAAUAUCCUCCAGAUGAAUGCCAUUCCAGCAGCACAAGUUGUUUUGAGCAAAUAUACAGAAAGAAUUCAGAAUUAUGCUCCGGCUUUCACAAUGUUGGGUUAUUUAAAUGAAUAUUUACAACUGAAUAAAGAGGCAGCUGAUGCAUACCAAAGGGCAAUUUUAUUACUGCAGAAUGAAGAAAAAGAAGAAAUCUAUAAUGUUACAGUAAGAAAUUAUGGCCGUUUGUUAUGUGCUAUUGGUGAAUAUGAUAAAGCCAUACAAGCUUUUAAGUCAACUCCUCUGGAAGAAUUCGAUGACAUCAUAGGCCUUGCACUGGCAUUAUUCAAGAAAGGACUUUUUCAAGAGAGUAACAAAGCCUAUGAGAGAGCUUUGUCCAUUGUUGAAACAGAGCAGGACAAAGCUCAUAUCCUGACGGCCCUGGCAAUAACAGAAUACAAACAAAAUAAAAUGGACAUAGCCAAGACAUUACUAUUCAAAUGUUCUAUCUUAAAGGAACCAACCACCGAAAGUCUUCAAGCCCUUUGUGCUCUAGGGCUGGCAAUGAAGGAUACUACUCUCUCAAAAGCAGCAUUUAAUGAGUUAUUAAAGCAUAUAAAACAGAAAGAUGAUAAUUAUCAGAAGUGCCUUAUUACAGCAGCUGUUUAUGCAUUACAAGGUCGAAAUGUAUCAGUGCAGAGACAAGUAUCCAAAGCUGUCCACAGUAACCCAGCAGACCCUGCUCUUUGGUCUCUUUUAUCCCGAGUGGUUCCUCAAUAUACUCCCCGAAAUGCCCAAGGUGGAGCUGUAGCAGGAAAUGUGGCUCACAUACUUGACUCGAAUCAUGGAAAGAAGGCCUUACUGUAUACUGCAGUCAAUCAGUUGGCAAUGGGAAGCAAUUCAGCAGAAGAUGAAAAAAAUGAUCCACUUAAGACCAUUCAGAAGGCAGUCCUAUUAUCUCCAGAUGAUCCUGCUGUCUGGGCAGGGCUAAUGGCGGCCUGUUAUGCUGACAACACAUUGGCUCUCUUAAAUAAUGCACAGCCAAAGAGGACAGAGCUAGACAUAGCACAGUUGACCACUAUUUCUGCUACAGUCAAAGAAAAAAACCUUCCUGAAAGUUAUGUUCAGACUAUUGAAAAGUGGUCUCUUUGUCAAGCUCUCACUGGUUUAAUAGAAAAGGGGAAAAUUUCCGAAGCUGAGGCUCUCUGCACAAAGCAUUUAAAAAGUAGCCAUGACCAACCAGCUGUCUUCCUGCUUUUAAGGCAAAUUCAGUGUAAACCUCUACUGCAGGCACAGAAACAUCUUCCAGAUGCUGUCCUGGAAGAGCUGCAAAAAACAGUUGUAUCCAAUUCAACAUCUUUUUCAGCUUGGCAGUGGUUAGCACAGGUCUAUCAGUCUCAGGGAAUGAUGGGCGCUGCAGAAAUGUGCUACAGAAAGAGUCUCCAGGUGGCAUCUCAGCAGGGUAAUUGGAAUGGAAAACUCUCGAGUCUACUGAGACUGGCAUUACUUGCCUUGGAAGUCUGCAUGGCUGAUAUAUCAAAUGAUCACUGGCCAUCUUUGGUUGAGGAAGCUACGGCUGAAGCACUGAAACUUUGCUUUUGCCCACUGGCUCUUUUGUUGCAAGCUCUGUUACAGUUUCAUCGCAAAAUUGGAGCAAGGGAGACACGGCGGCUGUUGGAGAGAAUAGUAUAUAAGCCUGGGUAUCCCAAAUCUAUUGUAUCAGUUGCACGCUGGUACCUACUGAGACAUUUGUAUGCCAAAGAUGAUUAUGAAUUAAUUGAUAUGCUUGUAGACAAUGCCAAAGUCCAUGGAGAUACCCGAGCAUUAGAAUUGAAUCAGAAAUUGUCGUCAUCAUCAUCAUCACCACAAUGACCUGGAUUGCUCAGUCAGUGAACUGAAGGAAGCAAAAUUGAGGAAUGAAUCAAGUCUUUCUCCCAAAGGAACAUUCUGAGGCCCUCUACCUCCCUUGCUAUUCUACUUUUAAUCCAGAAAAUUUAUAUAUUACCUUACCCUAUUAAACACACAUACACACACAUACACACGCACGCACGCGCGUGUACACACAGUACAUCAUCUUGAGGUGAAAUCUCUCAAAAACCCCUAGCCUGACUUUAAAUUCAGAAAAAUUUCAUCUUUCCUUUUCCAGAGAAAAGUUUACAGUGAGAAGAAAACACACAUGCCUGUUUAGUUCUACAGCAAAACUAUGAAGAAUGCAUGAAUAAUUUUUUGUGUGUCUUCAAUGGUACUGAACACUUUUUGCAAUAAAGCCUUAAUAACCAUCCUCUAAGUAAUAUGCAAUGACAUUUAAAAAUUAGCACAAUCCAUAUGUUUUGUUGUAAAAUGCUUUUAUGUGAUAUGUCCUAACAAUCCCAAAAUGAUUGCUUUUAUAGGUAGUAGAAUUCAGUACAGUCCCAAACAAAUUCUAAAUAAUAUAAAUAUAUAAAUUAUUUUGUUAUCAGUUCAUAUCCGAUUCUGUGCAAGAAGUAUAAGUGUAAAGGUGCAGGUGCAUCUCGAAUUGCUAGUAUGUAUAUUUAAAUUAUAUAUACUUUGGUAAUCCUUAGAUCUGUGCCUGUUUUAAAUUGUUCAUUUGGAAAAAUUUUUGGGUGGUGGGGUAGGUAGAAAAUAUGACUAGAUACUAAUUAAUCAUGACAUUUUCUUGACUUUGCAAUGGCAAGUAUUCUUAAAUGGCCUGUUUUUAGUACCAUUAGUAGAUGAUCUCAGAGUGUCAUAUUUAGAAAUUUGAUAUAUUACAUGACUCCAUUCUUUUCACUUGUUUGGGUUUUAUAUUUUGGGGGGAAAGUAUUUUUGCAUUUUUAAAGAAUUUAUUUUAAACAAUUCAGUUUCUUUAUUCCUUUUUAUUCUUUUAAAAAUGUUUUUACUUAUUGCUGACAUUUAUUUUAGUUAUCUAAUUCUUCCAAUCAUGUACUAAAUAUGACAAUAUUAGGGAUGUAAUUUUCUGCAGUAGGCUUACAUUAUUUUAUGUGAAAUGCUAUGAAUUAAUGUUGAAUUUCUGAAUUAUAAAAUGUACUUAAGUAAGUCACUUUUUAUUGUAAAUUUGUAACAGUGAUAUAUUAUUAAUAAAGAUUGAAGCAUAAAGUGGUAAAGAUAUCAAUUAUAUUACAAAAACUUUAGAACUAAUCCAAGAAAUUCUAGAGCUAAUCUAAGAAAUUUCACUUUAUGCAGAAAAGUUUAAUUCAUUAUUCUCCUCUA